ACUGCGCUUCUAAUAUCCUUUGGAGAUUUUAUUCUUAAAGUUACGAAUUCAAAAUGGGUAUUUUAAGAAUCUUCAGAAGUUUAAACUGCUUUAGUUCAGGACAGAGGAAACAUAAGUCGAAGAAGCAAAUGGAAAAAGAACUCUCAAGCAUGCAAGAACUGGUCAGAAUACUUGAAGAAGAUAUCCAGAUCACAAGGAAUACUGUUGAGUUGUUCAAGCAGCGACAAAGAGCUGUGGAGGAUAAAGAAAAGAUGAGAAGAAACACCAGGCACAAUCUGAUGGCUCAAGUAGAGCAGAUUGAGAGUGAACUGGGACGAGCAUUAGAGGAACGCAAGGAACUAAUGUCACUGAUCAUUGAAUGCGGCAUUCGCAAAACGGCCUUGGAAAAAGAUGUUCAAGAGAUGGAAAAGAAGGCGGAGUUCUUCUGGGAAGACCUGUAUGAUCCAUCUCCAGAUCCCAAAACACGCGCCAAAGCAUGGCAAGAGAAUCUGCGUCCUGUGCGUUCAAUGAAUGACUUGAACAAGGCGGUGCCUAAGCCACCCCUGUGCUUCGCACAGGACGCAGAUGAUCUCCCAUUGUGGGAUGUACCUUAUGAUGCGAGUGACGACGAACUCUUUACAGAAAGACUCAGAAAUGAAGUUUUGAUUACAAAAAGCAAAGAAACCUUCGCUUAA